AUGCGUACUCACGUAUGCAAACGUGCUGAGAAUCAAACAAGAAUCACUCACUUCAUACCCACUGCCGAUGUUUCCGACGAGCAGAAAAGGUCAAUCCGAGAGGCAGCGUUGGUACUCUUGAGUGAAAUUGGUAUCUCAUAUCUGUCGUUCGAGAGCCCGGCCAUGAUUAAUUUUGUUCGUGUAAUAUCUUCCGUUGGUGCCAAGCUCGGGUCGCCUCUGGACGCGCAGCGAAUUCUUCCCUCUGAGACUACCCUGAGACGCGAUAUGGUGAAGCUUGCACAGAGCAGACAGCAAGACUUGAAAGUAAUGAUCUCCAAGCAGAGAAGGCCACUACAGAUAUGCUUCGAUUGCUGGCACAACACGUGGCACAGCAAGGAGUACAUCGCCUUGACCUUGAACGUGCACACGGACAAACCUACUCCAGUCGUGUUAGACCUGAGAGAAAUACCAGACGGUACCAGUGAGAGCCUCAAGAUGGCGAUAGAUGAA